AAUUUCGAGUUUGUACGAAAACAAAAAUGGCGUCCCCCAGACAGAAACGUGUGACUAAAAAAAGUAAAGAAACCUCACUACCUGAGACUGUUGCUUUAGAUGAAGAUAAACAAAAAUCGUUUGAGACGAAGAUAAAGACGAUUAGGAAAAAUAGCAAAGAUGGAACAUCACCAGGUGUUGUGUAUCUUGGUAAUAUACCACAUGGAUUCUUUGAACCUCAAAUGAAGCAGUUCUUUCGCCAGUUUGGAACAGUACAAAGAUUAAGAUUAUCUCGUAGCAAAAAGAGUGGGAAAGGCAAAGGUUAUGCUUUUAUAGAGUUCCAAUGUGAUGAUGUCGCAAAGAUUGUUGCUGAAACAAUGAAUAACUAUUUGAUGUUUGAAAGAUUGUUAAAAUGUAAAUAUAUACCACAAGAAGAACAACAUCCGGCAUUGUUUAAAGGUUCACAAAGACAAUUUUCUAAACCUAAAUCUCAUUCAAUAGCCAUAAGACGUCAUAACUUCAAAAGUCCAGACAAAAAACUAAAGUCUACAGCAAAAAGAUUUCUGAAAGGUCAUCAGAAAAGAAUAGCUGCUUUGGCUGAAAUCGGAGUGGAGUUGAAGAUAAAAAAUAUUGAAUUAGCUGUGGCUGAAGCAAAGAAACCUAAAGAACCUAAACAUAAGAAGGAAACAGAAACUAGUAAUAAGGAAGGCCAAGUGAAACAGAAGGCAGUUGUCACAGUCAAAGAAACAGAAACUCCAGAUGGUGGAAAUACACCUCCAAAUAAAAGACAAAAGAAAACAAAUGAAACACCACGAAGUACAAGAAAAAGGAAAGCAAAUGAAACGCCUCCAAAAUCGGGACAAAAGAAAACAAAUGAAACACCUCCAAAAUCAGGACAAAAGAAAACAAAUGUUACACCUCGCAAUACAAGACAGAAGAAAACAAAUGAGGUGAAAAGUGAACCAGCAAAAACAUUGAAAAGAAAACGCAUAGAAAAGCCGUCUGGACUCUCAACUGGCAAAAAAGCAAAAAGUGUGCAAUCACCUAAAAAAUCUGUAACUCCUAAGAAGUUAAAAUUGGCUAAAUGAAUAAAACUUCUUUUACAUCA